AUGGCCGAGGAAGACGCCGAGCAGGCGUUUUUCCRGGCGMAAGCCAUGAGCAACGAAUAUGAUCCUGCCGGGGUAGCGCAGAAUAUCGAGGCUUCAGAUUCUGAAGGAGAUUAUGACCCAUCGAACACUUUGCAUGAUGAGUACUCAAUUACAGUAGCAGAAUCUAAUCCAAAUGAGACGAUUGCUCAAAGCAAUGAUGCUUCUUCCGCUACUCAGUCUAUCCCACAGGACUCUUAUCAGCCUGACCAAGUUGACACUGCACAAACAUCCCAGCCUCCGUCCAGACCUGACUCGCAGACCUCUGUAUUAGGGCCUUCAUCUACUAUGCAUGUACAGCCGAAGACCAAGACCAUAGGUGGCUUUGUUGUUGAUGACGAUGAAGACGAGGAAGAGGAUGAAAGAGAAGAUGAAGACAAGGAUGAGGCAGAGUAUGAGCCACCAGGAGUUUUGGAAACUAUUGAACAUGGUGGACAUAUUUCUGCAGGCGCUUCUGAGCAGCUUCCUUUUUCUGAAAAAAAUGCAAAUGAAACUAUUUCUACAUCUGGUGUAUCAAUACAACCCCUUGUGCCUGAGAUGGCCAGUUCCAAAGAUGUUUCUAAUAAUCCCGUUUCUUUCCAUUCUGGUCACAAUCUGUACACUGAAGCGUUGCAACAAGCUGGAGAGACUACUGAUAGCAACGCAACCACCCCCAUUCCUUUGGCGGCAAACUCCGCGGCGUCUCGGAGUCGCCUACCUCAUGAUCGCAUUGGCCUGUUGGAAGAUAGAAUCAAAGAGGAUCCUCGUGGAGAUAUAAAUGCAUGGAUCGAACUGGUAGCCGAACAUCGAAGUCGUAACAGACUCGACAACGCGCGAGAAGUGUACGAGCGGUUCUUCAAAGUUUUUCCAUCUUCUGCUGAGCAAUGGGUGGCAUAUAUCAACAUGGAAUCCGAAAAUAAUGAGCUGCAACGCCUGGAGCAAAUCUUUAACCGAACAUUGCUAAGCAUUCCCAGUGUGCAGUUGUGGACUGUGUAUUUGGAUUACAUACGCCGAAGGCAUCCCCUGACUACAGACACAUCCGGCCAAGCAAGAAGAACCAUCACGUCUGCAUAUGACUUGGCUCUGACUCAUGUCGGUCUAGAUAGGGAGGCAGGUUCAUUGUGGACCGACUAUGUCGAAUUUAUUAAAACAGGACCCGGCGUCGUUGGUGGUACAAAUUGGCAGGACCAGCAAAAGAUGGAUCUAUUACGAAAAGCCUACCAAAGGGCUAUCUGUGUUCCCACUCAUUCCUUGAAUACCCUCUGGAAGGAGUACGAUCAAUUUGAGAUGGGAUUAAACAAGCUUACGGGACGCAAAUUUUUGCAGGAGCGGUCCCCCGCAUAUAUGACAGCUAGAAGUUCUUAUACUGAACUGCAAAAUUUGACUCGAGAUCUCGACCGCACAACGCUUCCACAGAUGCCACCAGCCCCUGGAUUUGUGGGAGAUGUUGAAUUUCAACAACAAAUCGGACUAUGGCGCCGAUGGUUCAAUUGGGAAAAGGGCGACCCUCUGGUCCUGAAAGAAGAAGACAUAUCCGCCUACAGAACCAGAGUGCUGUACGCCUACAAGCAGGCAUUGAUGGCCUUGCGAUUUGUCCCGGAUAUAUGGUUCGAAGCUGCAGACUUUUGUUUUCAGAACGGCAUGGAUGCUGAAGGGAACGAGUUGCUCACUCAAGGUUUGGAGGCAAACCCAGAGAGCUGUUUGCUUGCCUUCAAACGGGCUGAUCGACUGGAAAUCGAAUCUGAAUCGGAGCAGGAUCCCCAGAAACGUGGCGCGAAAGUCCGAGAAGUGUUUGACAAACUCUUGGACGCUUUAUAUGCUUUGAACGGCAAAGCUCGAGAGCGAGAAGAGCAAGAUAUCGCCAGGAUCAAAGAGCAGUUCGCCAACGAGUCAGACGAUUAUCAACCUGUUGCUGACGACGAAGAUGAGUUGGGACGCUCGCAAGAAGCCCAAGCCAAAGAAGCAGCCAAGGAGAGUCAAAUAGAAGCCAUGCGCAAGGCCCAUGCGACACAAAUCACCAUGACCUCCAAGUUGAUCUCGUUUGCUUGGAUAGCUUUGAUGCGUUCGAUGCGACGUAUACAGGGAAAAGGCAAACCUGGAGAACUUGCCGGCUCCAGACAGGUAUUUGCCGAAGCUCGCAAGCGCGGUCGUAUCACGAGUGAUGUGUACAUUGCGAGUGCCUUGAUCGAAUACCAUUGUUAUAAAGAUCCGGCCGCGACAAGAAUCUUUGAACGAGGAGCUAGGCUAUUUCCGGACGAUGAGAAUUUUGCGCUGGAAUAUUUGAAGCAUCUCUUUGAUAUUAAUGAUGUUACCAAUGCUCGAGCAGUCUUUGAAAUGACUGUAAGAAGACUGACCAGCAAACCAGAGAACGUCUUCAAGACAAAGCCUAUUUUUUCCUUUUUGCAUGAUUACGAAUCUCGGUAUGGCGAUCUAGGCCAAGUCAUUAGCCUAGAGAAUCGUAUGCGCGAGCUUUUCCCCGAAGAUCCUACGCUUUCUCAAUUUGCACACCGUCAUUCAGAUGCGAACUUCAAUCCAGUUGCAGCACAGCCAGUUAUCUCAUUAUCACAAGUCCGCCCUCGAACAGUGCCAUUGAUCGACCAGCAACAAGGUUCGGUUCAAGGAACACCUACACGAUACCUCGAUGUACCUCCUACCGGCUCACCCAAACGGCCAUUCCCAUCAGACGACUUCGAAGAAGACAGACCUCGAAAAUUUGUUCGUGCCGAAUCUCCCUUGAAGGGUAUACCAGCGCGUCGACCGGAUCAAUUGAAACGACCCACCCCCCAGGUCAAUGGCGGACAAUAUCGUCCUCAACCCUCAGCAGCUCCACUACCGCGCGACGUUGUCCAUCUCUUGAGCAUCAUCCCGCCUGCUUCCGCGUACAACGCUGGACGGUUUUCUGCAGAGAAGUUGGUGGAUCUGCUCCGAAGGAUAGAUAUUCCAUCUUCCACAUCGCAGUUUCGACAAUACUAA